GCGACGUGCCUCACGAACGGCCGACAGCCUUACUGACUGUCAAUGAUAGCCACCAGGAUAUACCUACCUGUUUAACCUCCUUCCUCUUCGGAACUCGAGUAGCCAUGAGCGACAUGUCAUCGCCAAUUGUUCCGGACCGACUUGCGACGCUUGGCCGACUGGUGGAUGGGAAUGCAAGAACGACGCGAUCCAUCUUCACCACUUCGACAACUUUACCCUCCAGCAAGCGACAGAGGACGGUCGAAGCGGAUACGAAAACAGAAGGCACCGCCAGCACAAACAGGCGCUUCGAGCUCGAGUAUGCUAGCGUUCAGGAUCUACCCGACGCAAUUGCUGCAAAACUGCCUCCGUCAGGCAAGUCUAGGAAACAUGUUGUGCGCCAGGUUGCAAAAGUUACCCCAGGCACGUCGACAAGCCCGAAGUUGCUGGAAGGACCACAAUCCACAUCGGCAGAGCACGAGAUCAACGUGUCUACAGGGACGAGCAUCAACACUGUUGGUUCGGGCUCGCAGCCACCGACUGGACACAAUGAGACGAGCCUCUCGCGGAUCACAUCUACACAACCUCUCAAACCACAAUGGCACCCUCCUUGGAAACUGAUGCGAGUUAUAUCGGGACAUCUCGGCUGGGUCAGGAGUCUCACAGUAGAGCCAGGCAACAAGUGGUUCGCCAGUGGCGCAGGCGACCGUACCAUCAAAAUCUGGGACCUCGCGACAGGCUCUCUGCGCCUUACAUUGACUGGUCACAUUUCGACCGUUCGAGGUCUUGCUGUUAGUCCCAGACACCCCUAUCUCUUCUCCUGCGGCGAAGAUAAGAUGGUCAAAUGUUGGGAUCUGGAGACGAACAAGGUCAUCAGGCACUACCAUGGACAUCUUAGCGGCGUCUACACCCUAGCAUUGCACCCAACCUUGGACGUGCUCGUAACGGGAGGGCGGGAUGGUGUAGCCAGAGUCUGGGAUAUGCGCACCAGGAGUAACAUUCACGUCCUUUCGGGACACACAGCAACCGUUUCCGACGUCAAGUGUCAGGAAGCAGACCCUCAGGUCAUUAGUUCGUCUCUCGAUUCCACAGUCAGGCUUUGGGACCUGGCAGCGGGCAAAACUAUGGGUGUCUUAACGCAUCACAAAAAAGGUGUUCGGGCCCUGGCCACACACCCAAGCGAGUUCACCUUCGCAACAGGAAGCACGGGCAGCAUCAAGCAGUGGAAAUGUCCGGAGGGGGCUUUCAUGCAAAAUUUUGAUGGGCACAACGCUAUCAUCAACACCUUGAGCGUGAAUCAAGAAAACGUUUUAUUUUCUGGAGGUGACAAUGGCUCUAUGAGUUUUUGGGAUUGGAAGAGCGGACACCGCUUUCAGUCUUUGGACACAACGGCACAGCCCGGUUCACUCGAUGCCGAAGCUGGGAUUAUGAGCUCGACGUUUGAUAGAUCAGGCUUGCGCCUUAUCUGCGGCGAGGCAGAUAAAACCAUCAAAAUUUGGAAACAAGAUGAAAAUGCCACGCCGGAAACGCACCCCCUUGUCUGGCAACCUUCACUGGCUCACCGGAAGUUUUGAUUUUUCGGCAUCAGCCUUCGGUCAUAUCGCCAAGAAUUCAUCUUGCGUUCAAUAACAUAAUGUCUUGAGUUCGACUCAUAAACCAACGCCCAUGGCCCUUAGUUCUGCAUCGUCUCUGAAAGCCAUCUUGAUCUCCUCGUCUCCCACUGCAAGUCGCAACUUGCACGGACGUUCUGCCCUUUGCGAUUCUAGUAUAAUAAUUCCAGCCCCUGCGAGGUCCGUCGCGCCAGUCUGCAAGCACAUUUGUUCAGUCACUACCGUGUAGCGGUUGGGACGGACGCCGCCAGAUCCCAUUUGCAUCGACGCUUGCAAUGCGUCGAGCGUCGCUGGCAGUAAGCUUCCAGACGCCAUAUUCAAUACACGUUGUACCUCGUCCAUAAUAUCGCCAAAUAUGGCAUCGCUUGUUCCGCUUUUCUGCGUUCGUGCCACCAAAGCAAAGAGCAACAGUCGUGGUCCGAGAGCGAGAGAACGGAGAUACUGCUGAAUGGGGUUAGUCGUGGCUUCAUUGAUGGCUCUCCUGAUAGUGGCAAUGGUAACUCUGCCCCCACGCUGUGUCGUCUUGAUAUCUUCGUUUCCUUGUUGAUAUGAUCCGUGGCUUGGAGUUGUGGGCACAGGUUGGGCCUCGGCUUCGGCAAGUUCUACUGCACGUCGGCAUAUAUCGAGAGCUCUCCGAGCGUCGCCGCUGACGGCGGCGACUUUGCGGCUCGCGAAUUGGACUGCAUCCGGCUCUACGAGGUCGCCUGGGAUACCUUCGAGUCUUGACUGAAUGAUCUUCAUCAAUUGUUCG